AGAGGGCGGGCUCCGGGCGCCGUCCGACGCGCUCUUCUCACACUUUCUGCUCCCCUCGCGGCCCACGGCCCCGGGGGCAGGCGGCAGCCUCCCGCCUGAGAAGUCACCUGCCCGAGUUCGGAGGGACGCGCGCUUGCCGCCGGGCUCACAGCGGAAGAGGCGGAGCCACGGAGAGGCCGGGGGCGAUUGAACCUGGGCCUCGUACCUGGGGAAGCCGAGCCCUCUGGCCUCGCGCUGGGCAGAAGCAGCGGCAGGAGACCGGCGGCCUAGGACCGGCCUCUUAGGCCCCCGCGCGGCCACCGCCCGCCUCGGCGCUUCCCGCGCACCCCGACGCCGGCCCCGCCCUCGUCUCCACGGUGACGCGGCGCACGUGAGGGACGCCCGGCCGGGAACCCUGGAGCUCGCGCGGCCUCAGGCAGGAGGCAGUCGUGCUUUCCCCUGGCCGCCGGUGGUGGGCCUGGCAAAGCGAGUCCGCUCCGAAGUGCGGACUUACAGGCCCUGUCGGGACAGCCCUACAGUGGGGUCUUUUCCUCCAGUGCAGCGGAAGGCGCGGACCGAGCCCCUCUGACUCUUGGUUCUCUCGGUGAAUGCCUGGGAGAAAGGACCGACUCCCGUGGAGUAGGGCACGCGCUUGCGCGGACCAGGAGAGUCACGGGGAGGGGAGUCAGAAACUGCACUUGAGUGAGAGCUGGGAUGGGCUGUCUAGAGCCCACCAAUUAGGACUAUCCCAGGCUGAUCUCUUAUAAUGCUUCCUAAAGUAAUUAAUAAGCACUGUUUGUAAUGUGAAUUUUACGCUUUUCUUUAAUUUGUGGUCACCCUAAUAAUCUUGGGGAAGGGGAAAGUAGGUCGAACAUUUUGGUAUGCUUUUCUCAAGGGCUGUAUAAAACAUUUGAAUGGAUGUGAGAUUUCUGGUGGAGAGAGCAAAAGCUAGCGUUAUGCAUCAAAACGCUUGAAUCAUUUUAUGUCAAAAAACAUAAAUGAGGAAAAAUAACUGCUGUUGGAUGUCAGGAUUAGCAUCAGUAAUUUGUAUUUUUUGUUCUGUUUGCUACAUAUAUUAAUUUUUGUAAUCUUUUUUUAAAUGUUUAAAAGGAGACAUUCUACUUUAAUGAAUUGACCAGGACUCUUACCUGAAGUUAUGUAGCCAAAUAGUUAAAAAAAAAUUUGCCAACAUGUUCUGAGGAAGCUCAGGCCACAUGGAGAGGCCAUGCAUGAGUGUUCCAGCCAACAGACCCAGUGGUCCCAGCUGACAACCAGCAUCAACUGCCAAACAUGUGAGGAGAAGACAAUUUAUAAGAAAUACUUUAUUCAGUAUUACGGAAAAAAAGAAAAACGUUUUCAAAAUUGCUUCCUCUGUUACCAAGACUCAUGACAGACACAGACUUCAAAGAGAAGGGAGCUUGGUGAUCACUCAAUGUCCAACCUCCUCAUUUCACAACUGAAAAAGUGAGAAACGAAGAGAAAAAUUACGUUUCCCUCCAAGUCUCUGAAUCAUCUCACGUAUCAACUCUGUGCGGGUCGCACAGGAAAGAAAGAGGGGUUCGUGAUAUUCCUGCAGACCAAGCUCAGAUGUGACCUCCUCUGUCAAAUCUUUCUUGACCCCUCCUUCCCAGUAAGGCCGUUCCUUGCACUACACUCAGAGCAUGGAGGUUAUAUUUACAUUUCUGUGCCCCUUGUCAGCCUGAGUCUCGGCAGCAAGUGCUGAGCGCCUGACGUUCACCAACUCGUUUUCCCCCAACCACACUUACACUUCCUCUUCCCACGCAAGCUGUGAAAGGAUUCAGUAUGAGAGGGAAGAAACAUGUCAAAGAAUUUGUCAGCCACCCUUAUUUUAUCAAAAGCAAUCGUGGCAAAUUGGUAGCAACGCGUAAUCUCCCUUCAUCCUCGUAGAAACGGGAAGUGAAGUACAGAGAAGGCAGAGCUUUGCCCAAAUCGCAUCACUAGCAAGAAACGUAACUGAAGUUCGAGCCCGAGACUGGAAGGCUCCAAAACCCCCAGAUUGUCCUAUACUCAGAUUGCUACUGCCGAAGACCCGGGGUUCUCCACCCUUGUGAGCCGUGCAAACGCAACGACCGCCGGGCGAGCCCCGCUCACAGGUCGCGUCAGGUCGCGUCAGGCCGCCGACUCGGGUCGAACUCCCCUCCGCGGCUUUCCAGGGAGAGUCAACCAGCCAGGGUAUCAGGUCUCCGGCCCAGACGCCGCUCGCCCCGCCCCUGCCGCGCGCGUGGGAACGCUGCGCCCUCCCCGGGGCUGCCCGCGGCGACCGCCUGUGCGCAGAGGGCCAGACUUCCGCCGUCCUCGCCGUCGCCCUCUCCCUGCCGCCGCCGCCACUUCCCUGCCACCGCCUCCCCGCCUCCGGAACCGCGGAGAGACCGGCAUGCGAGGAGCAGGCUACGGUGUUUCUCUUUUCCGCCCGGCACAACUGCGGCCACCUCACAUCCGGGCGCGCGGCGGCGGCGCUGGGGCGCGGGUGCAAAGUAUUGUAGACCGAGAAGCCAUGGAUAGGAGAAGUGUGGGUGAAACAGAAAAUGGAGAUGCUUUCCUUGACCUGAAGAAGCUGCCAGCCUCUAAAUCCCAUCAUCGCUAUACAAAGGAAGAGCUCUUGAAUAUAAAAGAACGCCCCCAUUCCAAACAGAGGCCAUCAUGCCUCUCCGAAAAAUAUGACAGCGAUGGCGUCUGGGACCCUGAGAAGUGGCAUGCCUCUCUCUACCCAGCUUCAGAACGGAGCUCUCCAGUGGAAAGUCUAAAGAAAGAGUUGGAUACAGACCGGCCUUCCCUGGUGCGCAGGAUAGUAGAUCCACGAGAGCGUGUAAAAGAAGAUGACUUAGAUGUUAUUCUCAGCCCACAGAGACGAAGUUUUGGAGGGGGCUGCCAUGUGACAGCUGCAGUUAGCUCCCGGCGCUCAGGAAGCCCCUUGGAGAAAGACAGUGAAGGGCUUCGUCUGCUUGGUGGACGCAGAAUUGGCAGUGGGAGAAUAAUCUCUGCCCGGACCUUUGAAAAGGAUCACCGUCUCAGUGAUAAGGACCUGCGGGACUUGAGAGACAGAGACCGCGAGAGGGACUACAAGGACAAGCGUUUCAGGAGGGAAUUUGGGGAUAGUAAACGUGUCUUUGGUGAGCGUAGAAGAAACGAUUCCUACACGGAAGAAGAACCAGAAUGGUUCUCAGCUGGACCCACAAGUCAGUCAGAAACCAUUGAGCUGACCGGCUUUGAUGAUAAGAUCCUAGAAGAAGAUCACAAAGGGAGAAAACGAACAAGGCGACGGACAGCCUCUGUGAAGGAAGGCAUAGUCGAGUGCAAUGGAGGAGUGGCCGAAGAGGAUGAGGUGGAGGUCAUCCUGGCACAGGAGCCUGCUGCUGAUCAGGAAGUGCCAAGGGACACUGUUGUGCCUGAGCAGUCCCCAGGAGAAUUUGACUUUAAUGAGUUCUUUAACCUUGAUAAGGUGCCAUGCUUGGCUUCGAUGAUAGAAGAUGUUUUGGGAGAAGGGUCAGUCUCUGCCAGUCGGUUCAGUAGGUGGUUCUCUAACCCGAGCCGAUCAGGAAGCCGGUCCAGCAGUCUUGGGUCAACACCACAUGAAGAACUGGAGAGACUUGCAGGUCUGGAGCAAGCCAUCCUCUCUCCUGGACAGAACUCAGGAAAUUAUUUUGCUCCUAUACCAUUGGAAGACCAUGCUGAAAAUAAAGUGGAUAUUUUAGAAAUGCUACAGAAAGCCAAAGUGGACUUAAAACCUCUUCUCUCCAGCCUUUCUGCAAAUAAAGAAAAACUUAAAGAAAGCUCGCAUUCAGGAGUUGUGCUUUCAGUGGAAGAGGUGGAAGCAGGGCUCAAGGGCUUGAAGGUGGACCAACAAGUGAAGAAUUCAACUCCUUUCAUGGCAGAACACUUAGAGGAGACCUUGAGUGCUGUAACCAGCAAUCGGCAGCUCAAAAAGGAUGGAGAUAUGACUGCAUUCAACAAGCUAGUGAGCACUAUGAAGGCAAGUGGGACUUUGCCUUCACAGCCCAAAGUCAGCCGAAACCUUGAAAGCCAUUUGAUGCCCCCCGCUGAGAUCCCAGGCCAGCCUGUCCCUAAGAACAUCCUGCAGGAACUUCUGGGUCCACCAGUCCAAAGACCUGCUUCUUCCAGUCUUCUGAGUGGCCUUGUGGGGGGCUUGGAGCCUACAGCAUCUUUACUGGGCCAAAGAGCACCUUCUCCUCCCUUGUCACAGGUGUUUCAAACGCGAGCAGCCUCGGCAGACUACCUUCGCCCCAGAAUACCAUCACCACUUGGUUUCACCCCAGGGCCGCAGCCCCUGCUUGGAGAUCCCUUCCAAGGCAUGCGCAAGCCCUUGAGCCCUGUUGCAGCCCAGCAGAUGAGCCAGCUAGAGUUGCAACAGGCAGCUUUGGAGGGGCUUGCCUUGCCGCAUGACCUUACAGUGCAGGCAGCACACUUCUACCAGCCUGGUUUCGGCAAACCACAGGUGGACAGAACCAGAGAUGGAUUCAGAAACAGGCAACAACGAGUGACCAAAUCGCCAGCACCUGUGCACCGAGGGAAUGCCUCUUCCCCUGCCCCCGCUGCCUCCAUCACAAGCAUGCUUUCUCCUUCCUUCACCCCUACCUCAGUGAUUCGUAAGAUGUACGAGAGCAAAGAGAAAAGCAAGGAAGAGCCAGCAUCUGGAAAAGUGACUCUUAGUGACAGCAAAGACGACACUCAGAAGGCCAGUGAAGAUGACCUCCUGUCAUCCAACUCUGUGCCCAACGCUGAUAGAGACUCUUCUCCCACUACAAAUCCCAAACCGUCAACACUGCAGCGGUCUUCGUGUUCCACCCCACUGUCCCAGACCAACCGUUACACCAAAGAACAAGAUUAUCGACCUAAAGCAACUGGGGGAAAAACCCCCACCUUGGCUUCCCCAGUUCCAGGAACACCUUUUCUCCGCCCUGUCCACCAAGUUCCCCUCGUCCCUCAUGUACCAAUUGUUCGGCCUGCUCACCAGCUUCACCCAGGCUUGGUCCAAAGGAUGCUGGCCCAGGGAGUACAUCCACAGCAUCUUCCAAGUUUGCUCCAAGCUGGUGUACUUCCUCCAGGGAUGGACCUGACUCAUUUACAGGGAAUAUCGGGCCCAAUCCUGGGUCAACCCUUUUACCCUUUACCUGCCGCUAGCCACCCUCUCCUAAACCCUCGUCCCGGGACACCUCUGCAUCUGGCAGUGAUGCAACAGCAGCUACAGCGCUCAGUUCUGCAUCCUCCAGGCUCUGGUUCCCAGGCAGCAGCUGUCAGCAUUCAGACGACCCCCCAGAAUGUACCCAGCCGGUCAGGCCUGCCCCAUAUGCACUCUCAGCUGGAGCACCGCACCAGCCAGAGGAGCAGCUCCCCCGUGGGCCUUGCCAAAUGGUUUGGCUCGGAUGUGCUGCAGCAGCCCCUGCCCUCCAUGCCCGCCAAAGUCAUCAGUGUAGAUGAACUGGAAUACCGACAGUGAGCAGGGCAGGCAUGCUCUCCUAAACCUGGACCUAUGGUGACACUCAAGUCAGAACUCACUCUGCUUCAUCAUCCCGGGUGGUUUACAGGCUGUUGCUUUGGAGCACUCUGUGAGAAGCUGUUUGGGGGCCUUUAGAAUGCCCAUGCACCUGCUGUGGUCUGCAUUAUGAUGGAAGGAUCUCUUAACCAAUCGUGUGGAAUCUACGUGGUCUGAAUGCAGGAUGCACAUUAUUGAUAACCCUGGAAACAGUCUUUCUUUUUUGUAAGAUAUGUGAAUGAAGUGUCGGUGUCUUCACCUAGAGGUGGCACCUAAGGGUUCUUCUGAAGAAAUAAAUGUAUAGACCCUUAUGUACAGACCUGUGUAUAAACACCUUUUGUAUAUACAUAUAGGAUAGCUUUUUUGAACUUAUACAGCUGUACAUAAAAGUAGCUGGUAUUAGUUAAGCCUGUGUCAAGUUUGGAUUUUUUUCACUUGUACAUUUGGGACAUUUUUUUUUUCUUUUGGUUGAUUAAAGUUGCAUAUGCUAAGUGUGUGAAUGAA